UGCAGCCCACGUUCACCUCAGCACUUCCAUCACCAUGAGGGCGACAGUGGCAGCUCUUCUCUUGUGUCUUGUGGUAUCAGCAUGCCGCAGCCAAGAGACUCCACCUGGUCCUCCUGGACCAACUGAGGGGCCACAGCCAACUGGUCCACCAGGCCCACCAACUGGAGGUCCUGAUCCAACUGGUCAACCAACCGGAGGCCCUGAACCAACUGGACCACCAGGUCCACCAACUGGAGGUCCUGAACCAACUGGUCAACCAACCGGAGGCCCUGAACCAACUGGACCACCAGGCCCACCAACCGGAGGUCCUGAUCCAACUGGUCAACCAACCGGAGGUCCUGAACCAACUGGACCACCAGGUCCACCAACUGGAGGUCCUGAUCCAACUGGUCAACCAACCGGAGGUCCUGAACCAACUGGACCACCAGGUCCACCAACUGGAGGUCCUGAACCAACUGGAGAGCCCCAACCAACUGGAGGGCCACAACCAACUGGUGGGCCUGAACCAACUGGUGAACCUCAGCCUACUGGAGGGCCUCAACCUACUGGACCACCAGGGCCACCUGGCCGUUUUUAGCCUGGUGUUUCCUAGUGAUGCAAGAUUAGCGCACCUGGAAACGUUAAAUGAUUUCAGCUUUUACUUUUAUAGCUGACUUUAACUGCUUUAAUUGAUGGAAGUGUUCUUAUGUGUCAUAACAAUCAAUUCUGAUUAAACCAGCAAUGAAAAAGCUC